UAAUAUGAUCAAAUUGGGAAAGAUCCUGGAUUCUUUGAUGGAAGAAAGAUCAAUUGAUGAUAAUCGCCCAAAGUAUGAGCUAGAUGUUUUAUAUGAUUGUCUUGAUGCAAAAAACGCGUUUUCAACCACUGACCUAUUGCUUCUGAAUGAGAAAGAAUUCAAAAUUAUGAGAAAAUCUUUAGUUGCAAUGUAUCCAGAAAUCAAGAAAAAGCAUAAUAAGAAAAAGCGUAGAGCUAAAAAAAAUUCGUGCGAAUCAGGAU